AUGGUUUUCACACAGACUGAACUCACUCUGCUCUUUACUCUGUUACUGAGCCGUCUGCUCUUCUUCUACAGGUUCAAACUGAUCUUCAUCAUCAUCUUCAUCUUCAUUAUCAUCAUGAGGAAGGUCCAGCCGUUCACCAUCAGCACCAAACUGUCGUUCCCCUCUGACUACACACCUGACUUCCACCUGUCCACACCCUGUGUGACAUCAGAGCCAGGAGGAGGAAGAGGAAGAAGAGGAGGAGGAGGAGGAGGAGGAGGAAGGAAAGCUGCUGUCUCACUCCGUCUCCUCCAGAUCAGUCAGAAAGAUCGCCAUCUGCUGGAGCACAGAAGAAGCGGUCCAUCCUGGGAAAUCACCGCUAUCACCUUUGCAGGUGGAGGUGAACCUGAGUCGAGAAGGAGGAGCUGUCAACAGGAAGUGAAUCUCGCUCUGGAAGUUUCUUUGUUCUACCAACAAGCUGACAUCAUCCUAAAUGACAUCAGCAGGACACUAAGCCAAUCAGAAGACAGCAGACAACAUUUUGAUAAAAGGGAAGCAUGUUCACCAUCGAUUGAUGACAUUGCUGCUGACAUCACAGUGUUGGACAGGUGUGUCCAUCAUCUGUCUGUGCUUCAUCCCACACUGACAGCAAGAGUUACAUUCAAACAGCAGGAGGUGAAGACCUGCUGGGCUCUGCUGCUGCAACACAGGUGUCUCUCUCGCUCUGUGUUCAGGCAGUCAGAUCCUCCUGAAAGUCUCUGCUCACAGUUUGGACCAAAAGAACCAGGACCAGGAUCAGCAGAAUGCACUACAGUUAGCAAGCCAACCAUAGGCCCUGCUCUCCUCUCCACCCAGCGAGUCCCUAAGCAUCCAGCCUCCAUACCUCUGAGUCCUAGUCUGAGAGGGUCCAGUCGGAUGGUGGAUUGUCUGACUGAAGGCUGCUGUAUCUGUUCUGCUGGUUCAAAGAACCUAACCAAAGACUAGAACCUCUGAGUCCUGAUUGCUGGCAGUUUGAUGAGCUGGAUGAUGAGCUGGAAGAUGAGCUUGAGAACAUCUGGAGACGGACAGCACCCUGACCUGGACAAGAACAUCUAAGAACCAUGUCAAAGUGUGCGUAGCAUGGUCACUGUUUGCAAUGAAUCAUGGAUAAUGUAGUAACAACAGACUUUAAGCAUUAAAAUAACUUCUCAGCUAAUGUAGCAAAUAUUUAAAAAGUUGUUUAUACCCCCUUUUACAGUGUAUAAUCAAUAAUCAAUAAAUGGUUAAAUCUCUAA